AUGAUCUUCGAGUUGGUUAAUGCCCCUGCAACCUUUAUGCACUUGAUGGACGCGCUGUAUGGACCAGAUUUCGAGCCACACGUAUUCAAGUACCUCGACGACAUGAUUAUAGUUACAGAAACGUUCGAGGAUCACUUGGUGUGGCUCGUGAAAGCGUUAGGGCGCAUGGUCCAGGCGGGUCUGAAGAUUAACGUCGAGAAGAGCGAGCUUGGCUGUUCUAUCGCGACGUUCUUGGGGUAUCUUCUCGACGAGAACGGGUUGCGGUCAGACCUCGAUCGUGUGAAACCCGUUCUAGACUUUCCGGCUCCGUGGAACAUCAAACAGCUGCGUCAGUUCCUGGGGAUGUGUGGAUGGUACUCUAGGUUUGUCGAACACGAGUUACAUGUAAAAGUGCUCCUAACGAAGCUGCUGCACAACAACGAGGUAUGGUGCUGGGACUUCGAACAACAACAAGCGUUCGACUCGCUGAAGCAAGCGUUGACUGAGGUCCCAGUGCUGGAUGUGGAGUCGAGGCCACAGAAGUUCCGGAAUUGGAAAGUCGAGAAUGGAAUGCUGUACAAGUAUGGUACCAAUAAACUCCUGGACUCGGUGACUUAUAAGGAGCAGUGCUGGCGGCUUGUCGUACCAGAGGAGCGUCGAUCACGUGUCAUGCGAGAUGCUCAUUGCAAACCGUCUGCGGGACAUCUUGGUCGUAAAAAGACGUAUGAUCGCAUCGCUCGCGAGUAUUUCUGGCCGGGUAUGUGGUAUAAUGUGCAGAAGUUUGUGCAGUCAUGCCAACUAUACCAGCCUUAUAAAGGUGAACAGGAUGUACCGAAGGGUUUAAUGAGUACGCGAGUGGUUGAGCGUUCGUGGGCAGUCAUUGCCACGGACGUAAUCGAGUUACCCCGUAGUAACAAUCGGUAUAAAUACCUGGUGGUAUUCCAGGACCUGUUCACCAAAUGGGUGGAGUUCAAGCCACUAACGGUCGCUACCGGCACAAUAUAUUCUGGUAUGGGUUGUACUAAAUUGAACAAACUAUUGAGCUGUUUGGAUUUGCCAGGUGUUUCUAUGGAUUUCUAUAAAAGGUAUGAGGCUGUUAUUGGACCUGUGAUUGAGAAGGCUGCGAUAGAGUUGCAAAAGAGCUGCUGGAGAAGAGAGUAA